AUGGCUCGCGCCAUUCUCUCCGUCGGCAUCGCAAUCUUCCUCGCUGCAAUUCUGGCGCUCUCUUUCGCCCAAGGAACGAACGCCGAGGCGGCAGGCGUCUUGACAGCAGAAAACGCGGCGAGUACUGCCCUGCUCAACGAAGUGCCGCGCAAGGCGCAGCUCCAUCGCAAGCUCAUUGAGUCAUUCGCCGAUGCUUCCUCAUGCCAGACGGAGCGCGCGCGGAAAGUUCAAACGUGCUACUCAAUGUACCGGAAUAAUCCGAGCGUAGCCGCGAAUUGCGCUCGCAACGUUUUGCAGAUGUUUCCCUGCCCUGACACGUCGCAAUCGCCUUAA